AUGGCCCCCUCUGCCUCGAAACAAAAACGCCUCGCUGAGAAGGCUGCGAAGAAGAACGCUGCUGUCGCUGGAGGCGCGAGCUCUUCAACAGGCAGCACGACGCUCGUUGAUGGGGACUCGCCGUCGUCCACCCCUGCGGGCUCGGUGAACGGCGCGAGCACGCCGCUGACGAGCAUGUCCGGGUUGAACAGCAAAUCAGGGAGUCAGGAGGAUUUGCUGAGUAUGGCGCGGCUGAACCUUGCUACGGAUAGGAGUGCGGCGGGUGUGUUGGUGUCCGAUGUGAAAGGCCGCGAUAUCAAAAUCGAUCAGUAUACCCUCUCAUUCCACGGCCGUCUCCUCAUCGAGGGCGCUGAGAUUGCGCUCAACUACGGGCAGCGGUACGGUCUUCUAGGCGAGAACGGUUCCGGAAAGUCCACAUUCCUCCAAUCGAUCGCUGAGCGCGACAUUGAAAUCCCGCCACACAUUGAUAUUUACAUCGUGCGUGGUGAAGCGGAGCCGUCGGACGUAAAUGCAGUCGACUUCAUCGUCGCGUCGGCCAAAGCCAAAGUCGCGCGGCUCGAGGCGUACAUCGAGGAGCUGUCCGUUGCGGACGACGUCGACGACGCUGCGCUUGAUCUCGCCUAUGAAGAGCUGGAGGAGAUGGACCCAGCGACGUUUGAGGCCAAGGCCGGAAGUAUCCUCCACGGUCUUGGGUUCUCGCAGACGAUGAUGAAGAAGCCGACAAAGGAUAUGUCCGGUGGUUGGCGCAUGCGUGUUGCGCUUGCCCGUGCGCUGUUUAUCAAGCCUCAUUUGCUGCUGUUGGAUGAGCCGACGAAUCAUUUGGAUUUGGGUGCUGUGGUCUGGCUUGAGGCGUACUUGUCGACGUAUAACCAUAUCUUGGUAAUCACGUCGCACUCGCAGGAUUUCAUGGACUCGGUGUGCACGGAUAUCAUGGAUUUGACGCAUAAGAAGAAACUUCUGUAUUACAAGGGUAACUACUCCGCGUAUGUCAAGACAAAGCAGGAGAACGAGGUCAACCAGAUGAAGGCGUACCACAAGCAGCAGGAGGAAAUCGCUCACAUCAAAAAAUUCAUUGCGUCCGCUGGUACCUACGCCAACUUGGUGCGUCAGGCCAAAUCGAAGCAGAAGAUUAUCGACAAGAUGGAGGCUGCUGGUCUGAUUGAGAAGAUCGAGGAGCGCCGCCCGCUGCGCUUCAACUUCGAAGACAUCCGCAAGCUCCCUCCUCCCAUCAUCGCAUUCGACAGCGUUGCGUUCUCGUACUCAGGCAAGAAGGAGGAUUAUUUGUACGAGAAUCUGUCCUUUGGUAUCGACAUGGACUCACGCAUCGCCAUCCUCGGCGCCAACGGAACAGGCAAAUCCACACUUCUCCACCUCAUCACAGGCGCGCUCCAACCCUGCGCCGGCACAAUCUCCAAACAUGCCGCCCUCAAACUCGCCAAAUACUCCCAACACUCCGCCGACCAACUGCCCUACGACAAAUCACCCAUCGAGUACUUCCAGUCGCUCUUCUCGCAGAAAUACCCGGAGAAGGAUGUUAUGGCGUGGAGAGCCCAGCUGGGCAGGUUCGGACUUAGCGGGAGCCAUCAGACGGCGCCGAUUAAGCAGUUGAGUGAUGGGCUGAGGAAUCGGGUUGUUUUUGCGCAGUUGGCGAUGGAGCACCCGCAUAUUUUGUUGUUGGAUGAGCCGACGAAUCAUUUGGAUAUGGAGAGUAUUGAUGCGCUUGCGAAGGCUAUUAAGGAGUUUGAGGGUGGUGUGGUUAUUGUGUCGCAUGACUUCCGUCUCAUCAGCCAGGUGGCCGAGGAGCUGUGGGAGGUUGCGGAUAAGACGAUCAAGAAUCUGACAAAGGCUGAUAUCAGUAUUGUGGAUUACAAGAAGAACCUUGUUAAGCAGAGUAUGGCUGCUAUCGAGAAGGCCAAGUUGAUCAGCAAGACCGUGCCCAAAUCCAAGACAUAG